GUUCAUUUUUUUAAUUGUAUCCUUUGGUAUAUAUGGUUGUGACUAUUUUCUUCCACUAUUUGAUCUGAGGAAGUGGGUCUGGCCCACAAAAGCUCAUCAUCUAAUAAACCAUCUUGUUAGUCUUUAAAGUGCUACAUAGUCCUGUAUUUUGUUUCAGACACCAGAGAGAGGCUUGCCCAACAUUUAGUCAGGGGAAGGAGGCAGCACUGCUUGGGGGAGAGACUUAUGCAUAACACCUCCCUUGGGAUCUUGCUGCCACAAGCCUUUUCUCAGAGAGCACUCCUCUCAGAGCUCUUUGUUUCUCUUGCCUUUGCAGUAAGACUUACGGAAAUGUGCUAGUGCUUGAUGGGGUAAUCCAGUGCACCGAGAGAGAUGAGUUUUCCUACCAGGAGAUGAUUGCCAACCUACCUCUCUGCAGCCACCCAAAUCCCCGCAAGGUGCUAAUUAUUGGUGGUGGCGAUGGGGGAGUCUUACGAGAAGUGGUCAAGCACCCAUCUGUGGACUCUGUGGUGCAGUGUGAAAUUGACGAGGAAGUGAUUCAGGUAUCAAAGAAAUACCUCCCGGGGAUGGCAGUGGGCUAUUCCAGCCCCAAGCUGACCCUGCACGUUGGGGACGGCUUUGAGUUCAUGAAACAGAAUCAAGAAGCCUUUGAUGUGAUUAUCACAGACUCCUCGGACCCCAUGGGUCCUGCAGAGAGCUUGUUCAAAGAAUCCUACUACCAGCUGAUGAAGACGGCUCUGCGAGAGGAUGGGAUUCUCUGCUGCCAAGGUGAAUGCCAGUGGCUGCACCUGGAUCUCAUUAAGGAGAUGCGUCAGUUCUGCAAGUCUCUGUUCCCAGUGGUGGAAUACGCUUACUGCACCAUCCCUACCUAUCCCAGCGGGCAGAUCGGCUUCAUGCUGUGCAGUAAGAACCCAAGCACAAAUUUCCGGAAACCUGUGCAGCAGCUAUCGCAGCAGCAAGUGGAAAAGAUGAACCUGAAAUACUACAACUCUGAAAUCCAUCAGGCAGCUUUCAUCCUGCCUGAGUUUGCACGGAAGGCCUUGAGCGAUGUGUGAGCGCCUGAGACGCUGCUUUCCCCCCAUGAGUUGGACCCUGAGAUCUUCGGUGCUGCAGCGUGGGGACUUUCUCAGCUGGCUGCCAACACUGCCGGCUGGCCAGAGUUGAGCCUGUGCCAGUCAACAUUCCGUCUGCUAGCGCUUUAAAGGUGGCAAGGCCAUGAGACUGGCCGAGCUCCUCGCUGCUUGGGGUCAAAACUCGUCUUUCCAGUAUUGGGAAUGUAAGAUAGCUUUCCCCCUCUUCCUCCUCCUCCCUGGCCUGCCCCAGAUCACUUGUUGUAUUUAUAACUGACAUGGACGCCUGCCUAGCAAUGUUCUCUAACUUGGGGAAGGGAGUGGUGUACAGGGAGGGACCCUGCUCUCCUCCUGGGAGAGCUCCCAGCAGGCAACAGGCCUGAACAUCACAGCCACUGUUUCCUUGGAGAGGUCAGAAUUCAUACCCUCUGUUGCAUUCACAGUAGCUCUCCCUCUAGUCCUGCUGGAGUAACCGUGUUACAGGAGCAGCCUCAGCUGUCACAAAGUCUAGUCACUUUUUAAAAAAGAAAAAAAAAAAAAAAGGAGGGUGGGGGUGGGAAACAGAAGCAUGAACAGGGCGACUCCUGUUUUUUAAUCCUUGCUGUCAUAUCGGUUCCGAGGCCCGUUCUGCAAUACAGCGACAGGCCAGUCGGUGUAUCCAUCCGUUGCCUGAUGGGUACUAUCAGCAAGGGAGGCCAAGUAGCCAGCGUCCCCUUGUAGCUAGAAGUAGAAGACUCAGUCCGGGGAAUGGGCUGGCCCUUGGGAGGCACGUUGAUCUUGGGAGCAAGAAUACAAGUGACAGUGGAUGUGUAAGUUGUUCUCUACAUGUCCUGGUCCUGAAGCUUGGACUCCGGCACUCCAUUGCUCAUUAAAAGAACUCCAUGCGCCUCUGAG